AUGCGUUACUUUCAGUGGCUGCCGUUUGUUAAGAGGUAUGAAGAGAAAGAUGGAAGUGUCGUCUACAAACAAGCCAGCAUCGACCUUGCAAACCACCUUGGAAAUGUCCUCAAUUUUACGUACUCUGUAUCUGAACCGGCUGACGGAGAAUGGGGAGUGCCGAUUUCCGAAGACUCUUCCAAUUACUCAGGACUUACUGGCAUGUUACAGCGGAUGGAAGUGGACUUCGUUGCGGCUCCAAUGGGUUACACGGAAGGUCGAGAUCUCCACGGUGACUUCCUGCCAUUUGUCCAUGCGUCAAGCAACGGUCUGAUACUGAGGAACACCAGAGGCAGGUCCAAGUUGUCAAGCGCCCUGACCGAUCCGUUCCGCUGGCAGGUGUAUGCCGUUGGGGGUGCGGUUCUAAUUGGGGUAGUCCUGCUCUACCUGGCAAUGGAAUGGAACAAUCCAUUCUACAACGAUGACAAAUCCGUAGAAAAGGGAUGGAAACCAGCGGGAGCUCUUGAUGCUGUGAUGUAUCUGUUUGGUUCGACCAUACAUCAGGGCGGCGUCCAUCUUCCGGAGUCCAGUUCCGGUCGGAUCCUGGUUAGCUUCUGGUGGCUGUACAUUAUUGUGAUGACCGCCGCCUACAGCGGCAACCUCAUCGCCUCCCUCACCGUCACCAAAGAAGAACUUCCCUUUAAUAGUUUAGAUGAUGUCUUUGCUGAUGACAGCCUCAAAGUCGGCUUUGCAGCAGGCGGGGUCCUUCAAAAAACUAUCAUGGUAAGUUAG